AGAUAACUAAUUUCUUUUUUUUACUAAACCUAGGUAGUUUAUACGUUGUAUUGUAUAAAAUUACAUAAUUACUUGUAAUAUCAUUUUCAUUACUGAUAAUUUCAUUCUUCGAUAAACUGUGUACAAUAAUAAUUACAUGUUCGGGCUAUGCUAUAAUCGUAUAAUUAUUAUACAGUGUGAUUAGUUUGUCCGCAACAAUGUGCUUGUACUAGUAUAAAGACUCUCAGGACACUGCAAUGAGUUUAAUAUUUAAAAGUUGAGUUGUCGGGAAAAGUACAAAUUUUACUCAUUUUCCGAAAUGUGUGCGAGAAUGAAUUUUUAUGUGUUAAUUGUGAUUUUGGCUUUAGGCUACUCAGACGCAAAGAAACUAGUUCAUUUACCAACAGAGAAAUCAUUUCUAAUCUUGCCACAGAUCAUGAAAUGUGCGGAUGAAACAGGAGUAAAUUUUGAAGAAUUAAACUAUUUAUUAUCCGAAUCCAAAGAUCACCAUUUAGAUAAAAAUGCUGGGAAUUUCAUCAGUUGUAGUUUCAGAAGAACCGGAUAUGCGAACAGUAAGGGAAACGUGAAUAUGGACAAAUUUCUGAAUUUAUUCCCGAAGGAAAACAGGGAAGCAGUAAGAAAAGUAGCUGUUGAUUGUGACGAUAUUGAUUCUACUAAUGUAUCGGAGAAAUUGUACAAGUUUGUGGUUUGUUUCUUAAAAACUUCACCAGUACUGCUAAUGUUGUGAUAACAGGGAAUAUUUCCUUUAUUUUCUGAAGAAAGUUUAAUUUAUAAAAUUUGA